AUGCAUCUUCAAGGUACCCCAAGAAUUGUGCAAAGGAAACGAGGAAUUCUACGAGCCAAACCUCACCUAGAUUCCCUGAAGGAGCACAAGUUUAGUUACUUGAACCACUUUCUACAACGAAACGGGCAAAGUGUGGACCGUUAUGUUGAAGCCGUGAUGCCUGAGGUAAAGAGAGUGAGGAAAUGUUAUGGUGGGUCUAACGAACGUUUACCAAGUGAUGAACAGCUCGUCCAAAUGCUGGUGGUGGACGGAUGCUUCAUUAUCGAGUUCCUUCUUAAGUUUGAUGAAAACCUUGGCACUCAUGAUGACCCAUUGAUUAACUCCAACGUCUUAUUCAUUAAUGCGUUGCAAAACGACCUGUUGUUAAUUGACAACCAAAUCCCAUUUUUCAUCCUUCAAAUCUUGUACAGCGUGAAAAGUUCUACGUAUAAGGACUCAUCAAAUGAAGUACUAGAAUCAGACAUGAAACUCAAACAUCUGACCCUACAGUUCUUGUAUUGUAAGUAUGGAAUGUCUGAACCGCGGGACAUAAACAUUCCCAACAUUAAUAUUGAUAUUGAUAAUGACCGGUGCCAUUUGCUGGACAUUGCCCACAGUAUUUUAUCCUCCAACAAGAACGUAGAUUAUGUGGAUAAUCUUACUAGUUCUUAUUUUGUGAACUCCGCCACAAAGCUAGAGGAAGCCAACGUUAUGUUGAAGGCGGUCAAGAAAUUUGGAAGCAUUUUUGACAUAGAAUUUGACAGAGGAAAGUUGACGAUACCAUGUUUUUCUAUAGAUGAACACUUUGAGAUUGAAAUCAAAAACUUCAUUGCUUUGGAGUUGUGUCAACACAAACCCAUAAGAAAUCAUCUAAUUGCCUCAUCUGAUGACGUCAACUUGCUUAUAAAACGUGGCAUCAUCACCAACCAUAUGAUAGAUGCUAAAUUUGUGGAUAAUAUGUUCAUGAAGUUAACCAAAAACAUUGUAACGUCAGAAAAAUAUACUUAUUCUGAAAAUUCGGAAAACUUGAAUGAGUAUUGUAAGAAUAAAAGGCACAAACAUUGGAGAACCUCGAAGGAGAAAUACUUCCAAAGCCCGUGGUCACUAAUGUCUCUUAUUGCAGCUUCGACACUCAUCGGCUUGAUUUUCAUACAAACAUUGUUUACAAUCAUUUCUAAGUGA